CUUAUGUUGAAUGCCAGAUGGUAAACUCUUUAGGGCACGGACCCGCCUUUUUUUGGUUCAGUACAGUGCACACGGAUGAUGCUAUAUAAGUAAUAACGCAAAGUAAGAAGCUUGGAGGAAUCCCCAAGGUUUCCAAUUCAACAGGACCCUUCACUCCAAAACAGAAAAGCAAAGAAAGCAAGUCCAAGAAUAAUCGCGAGAAAAGCUGGGGGGGGGGCGGGGGAGAGAGCACGGCUGAGAUCCUACACCCUGUAAGUCCCACUGAACAUUUCCGAAUAAAACUGUAAAAGACUGAGCUGCAAGAGAAGUUGAAGACUAAACAGGAAGGGUUGGGAAGGAGGAGCUCAGUCAGCUGAAGCGAGUAGGCAACGCUGGCACAAAGCUGGAGAAGGAGGGCGAGCUAAAGGGAGAGGCCCUCAGCUCUGAGGAGGGAUUUGGGGGCAGGAACAGGGCGAAGGAAAAAGAGAAGAGGGCUGGGCUGGGUUAGGUAAGCCGGCAGCUGCUGGAACAGGAAGAGAGGGCUGCGCCAGGAAACGCCAAGCUAAGGAGUGGCACUUCGGCAAGGCUUCUCUCGAGAGCAGACUGGUGAAACUUGCCCCAUCUCGCCAAGCAGAGACGCCGCUACCGCCUUGCCCGGAACCUUCCACGGCGAAGCUUCUUGCGACUUGCAGAAAUGCCCGUCAAGGGGGGUACCAAGUGCAUCAAGUAUCUGCUUUUCACUUUCAACUUCAUCUUUUGGCUUGCAGGAACAGCAGUCCUCGCAAUUGGACUAUGGCUUCGAUUUGAUUCACAGACAAAAGACAUUUUUGAUCAGGAGAAUACUUCAACAUUCUACACAGGGGUGUACAUUCUAAUUGGAGCUGGUGCCCUCAUAAUGCUGGUUGGUUUUUUGGGAUGCUGCGGAGCAAUACAAGAGUCCCAAUGCAUGCUUGGUUUGUUUUUUACCUUUCUUCUCUUGAUUUUUGCUCUUGAAGUCGCUGCUGCCAUCUGGGGUUUUAAGAACAAAUCAAAGAUUGUAGAUGAUAUGCAGGAAUUUUAUAAGUCGGCAUAUGAAAAAAGGCAGGAAUCUGCUGCCAGAGAAACUCUGAGAGCCUUUCAGCAUUCACUAAACUGCUGUGGCUAUACUGGGUAUGAGAAGGAACUUCAGGACACCUGUCCCAAACAGGAUUCACUUAUAGGACAGCCAUGCCCUCAAGCUAUUCAGGAGGUCUUUACCAAAAAGCUUGAUGUGAUUGGAGCAGUUGGCAUUGCUGUUGGCGUGGUGAUGAUCUUUGGUAUGAUUUUUAGCAUGAUCCUUUGCUGUGCUAUUCGUAGAAACCGAGAAAUGGUCUAAAGGGAUCUUGGAGGAGUCCAUCACCUACAGUCAAGGAGUCUCUAGUUAUUAACUUCAGCAUUCUGAAAGAUAUUUCUAAAAUUAUAUAUUUGUUUUUAAAAUGCUUUAUUUAGUACUGAUCUUACUUUGUAUUCUUAUGUUUAUAAAAGUUUAAAAAGAAUCUACUUUUGAAAAGGUACUAUAUUUGUUAAGCUAAAAUCCAGCAACUUGUAUAUAGGAUUUUUGCCUCUAAAUUGAUGUCUUGUUUCAUGAAACUUAACAACUGAGAUGUAACUUACAUUGGAGAAAAUUUGAUAGUUAAUAAAGAUUUAAGACUACACAAUUA